GUAGUGUUCAAUCCAUUGCUGCUGUUGCUCUUCUCUCCUCUCUUCUUCCUCCUCUCCUGCAAAAACCAGUUCAGCUUGUUAGCUACCUGCUAUGAACAAUCAAAUACAAACAACCAUCAACUUCCAAGUUUAUUGAGACGCAGUCAUUAAUUGUUUCGAUUAAUGGGCAACUGUGUCACAAAAGUGAGUCACUGUUUUUCCAGGGCAGGGGACAUCUCAGCCCGGCACCAUAAUAUCUCCAUUGAUAAUUAUGGCCGGGAGGGACUAGGUCACUCCUUCUGUUACAUCCGACCAUACAUUCACCCAGCUUCCAGACUCUGCAGCAACAGCAGCAACAGCAACAGCAACAACAAAAUCCACUCUGAGCUGGAAACAACAACGUUUCGGUCCAUCUCCGGAGCCUCUCUAAGCGCCAACACAUCAACAACAUCCUCAACCUCUCUUAAUGAUACUCUCUGCUCCAACAGCUCUUGUUUGGAUCGAGCAUCCGCUUUUGAAAGCUCUGAUUCUUUCGCUUCCCUCCCUCUUCAGCCUGUCCCUCGUGGCUCCGGUGUCCUCUCAUCAUCAGGUUAUUCAGGUCCUAUAGAUCGUGGCUUUCUAUCAGGUCCUAUCGAGCGUGGAUUUCUAUCAGGUCCCAUUGAUCCUGCUAGUUUCUAUUCAGGUCCGUUUGAUAAAGAAAAAGACAAGGACAUCAGUACUGUUAAUUAUAGUACCACUAAUCAGUUGCAGAGUGGUAGUUUGUCUCAUGCUGCCCUUAUUACUAGUAUUGAUGAAGUUGAAGUUAAACCCAAGAAACAACAGGCCGGUUUGAUAAAGACUUUAAAAAGAGCAAUAUCUAAUACUAUCUCACGAGGCCAAAAGCUUAUGGUGGCACCCAUAAGAGUUAAAGAAUCAACAAGUACUAGAAAUGUCAAAGUGAUUAAUCAAGUUGUUGUUGUUGAUGAUGAUACUGGUCAUGAGGAUUUGGCGAGUGAGUUCUCAAUUGGGAGCCAGAAUCUACAAUGGGCACAAGGGAAAGCUGGUGAGGAUAGAGUACAUGUAGUGAUAUCAGAAGAACAUGGGUGGAUUUUUGUGGGGAUAUAUGAUGGUUUUAAUGGACCUGAUGCCCCUGAUUAUUUGCUUUCUUAUCUUUAUACCAACAUCCAUAAGGAGCUUAAAGAGUUGCUGUGGAAUAAUAAUGACAACGUUGAAUCCACAGCAGCAAAAACAGAGGGCGUUUUGCAUUUAAUUGACCAAGAAAAUUCUCCGUUAGGAGGAAAUUAUUAUGAUGAUCUGAAGAGAAAGCAUGGAAAGAAUUUGAAGCGUACGACUAAAGGUGGUGACACGAAGAGAUGGGAAGAGAAGUUGAAUUUGAAAUUGAAAGAGAAAAUGAACUGCUACUCUGACGGAGUUAACCAUUAUGAUGUUUUGAGAGCGCUUUCGCAGGCAUUGAGGAAGACAGAGGAAACCUAUUUUGAGAGUGCUGAUAGAAUGGCAACCGACAAUCCAGAAUUGGCUUUGAUGGGUUCUUGUGUUCUGGUGAUGCUGAUGAAGGGAGAAGAUGUUUACUUAAUGAAUGUUGGCGAUAGUCGUGCGGUUCUGGCCCAGAGAGGCAUAACCGUUCCUGGAUUAAGGAAAGGAAUCCAGGAUUUGGAGAUUAUCAAUGAGGAAAGCAAGCGUGAUAGAAUUGAAGAUUUCGAUGGUGACGAGCUUUGUAGGCUGCGUAACUUGAAUUCAAUUCAGCUGACUAUGGAUCACACCACAUAUGUAGAUAAGGAAGUUGAGAGGAUCAAGAAGGAACAUCCUGAAGAUGUUUCUGCAGUAAUGAAUGACAGGGUGAAAGGUUAUUUGAAGGUUACUCGAGCCUUUGGGGUUGGCUUUCUCAAACAGCCAAAGUGGAAUGAUAUACUCUUGGAGAUGUUCAGGAUUGAUUACAUCGGAACCUCUCCAUACGUUACAUGUACUCCAUCAUUAUACCACCACAGACUGAGUCCGAAGGACAGAUUCUUAAUAUUGUCCUCCGAUGGGCUCUAUCAAUACUUCACCAAUCAAGAAGCUGUAUUGGAGGUUGGCUCUUUUAUUGCUGCAUUUCCCGAGGGAGAUCCAGCACAGCAUCUAAUCGAAGAAGUGCUGUUUCGCGCAGCAAGGAAUGCUGGCAUGGACUUCCACGAGUUGCUUGAGAUUCCACAAGGAGAGCGUCGCAGGUACCAUGACGAUGUUUCUGUUAUCAUUAUUUCCUUGGAAGGUAGGAUAUGGCGUUCGUCUGUGUAAAUACUCGAGAAAAAAAGAGGGGGGACUGACCAUUUUUCUUGAAAUUCAUCUCAUUUUUGCCUCAAUUAUAGUGAUUGUAAAAUACCAAUUAGGUUUUUGCCAUGCUGUAAUAAAAGUCAGCUCGUUAUCAACUUUCCCAUCAGUCGGUGAAGAUCACCAUUGAAUUGGUAAUUAAUGCAAGUGUUCUUGCUUUUCUUUGCUUUUAA